AUGCGCUCCAAUUCCGUCUUGCUGGCACCGCUGGCUUUGUAUGCCUCGGGGGCCCUUGCUUUCUAUCCGUAUACACCGGCGUGGCUGAAGGAAAUUGAGGAGCACAAUGCUGGAGAGGCAAAGAGGAGUGCGGACAAUGGUCUUACGUUUGACAUCAAGCGCAGACCAUCGAGACGAGCUCCGGCAUCACAAGAACAAAAGGCUGCCUGGCAAGCAGCCCUGCUGGCACACAAAUACAGCGACCAAGCCCCCCCGAGCUCCAGCCCUGACACUACUCUUGCAAAGAGAGAUAACCAAUUCUCUAUCCUGAAGGCCGCUGACCCCGAUACGCCCAACACCGCUGGCCUCGCCCAGGAUGGCACCGACUACUCCUACUUUGUACAGGCGUCUCUUGGCUCUAAGAAGACCCAGCUUUGGAUGUUGCUCGACACGGGAGCCGGCUCGAGCUGGGUCAUGGGCUCCGACUGCGUGUCUGAGGCUUGCUCCUUGCACGACUCCUUUGGACCCAAGGAUUCGGACACUCUGAAGACCAGCACAAAGGAGUUUUCCAUUGCAUACGGAUCUGGCGCCGUCAGCGGCAACCUGGUCAAUGAUACCAUCGAGGUGGCGGGCAUGAGCCUGACAUAUCAGUUUGGGCUGGCUCACAACACCUCUUCGGACUUUGUGCACUUUGCCUUUGACGGCAUCCUCGGCAUGUCGAUGAACAGCGGUGCCAACGAGAACUUUUUGUCGGCGCUGGAAGGCGCCGGCAAGCUCGACAAGAGCAUCUUUUCCGUCGCCCUGGCUCGAGCAUCUGACGGCCAAAACGACGGCGAGGUCACGUUUGGCGCCACGAACCCUUCGCGAUACACGGGCGACAUCACCUACACCCCCAUUCCCUCUGGCACCGACUGGUCCAUCCCCCUGGAUGACAUGUCGUACAACGGGAAGAAGGGAAGCGCGGGCGGCAUCAAUGCUUACAUCGACACCGGCACCUCGUACAUGUUUGGCCCCUCCAAGAACGUCAAGGCCCUGCACGCCGUCAUUGACGGGGCGCAGAGCUCGGACGGCGUCACCUGGACGGUUCCCUGCGAUACCACGACGCCCUUGGUCGUCACCUUUUCCGGCGUUGACUUUCCCAUUUCGCCCAAGGACUGGGUCUCCCCCAAGGAUAGCAGCGGAAAGUGCACGAGCAACGUCUACGGCUACGAGGUCGUUGAGGGAUCUUGGCUCUUUGGCGAUACGUUCCUGAAGAAUGUGUACGCCGUCUUUGAUAAAGACCAGAUGCGAAUCGGUAAGCACCUCAUCUUUUGUAGAAAUCCCGCUCCACCUACGUGUUACUAA